CGAUGGGGCGGGUCACGUGACGGGGUUUAAAUCUCCCGCAGCCGGAGCCGCGGGGGCGCCAGUGCCGCGCGUCGAGCGGGAGCAGAGGAGGCGACGGAGCAGGGCCAGAGAGGCAGUUGGAAGAUGGCGGACGAGGCGGCCCUCGUCCUUCAGCCCGGCGGCUCCCCCUCGGCGGCGGCGGCCGAGAGGGAGGCCCCGUCGCCGCCCGCCGGGGAGCCGCUCCGCAAGAGGCCGCGGAGAGAUGGUCCCGGCCCCGAGCGGAGCCCGAACGAGCUCGGUGGGGAGGCCCCGGAGCGUGAGGUGCCGGCGGCGGCCGGGAGCUGCCCGGCGGCGGCGGCGGCGGCGCUGUGGCGGGAGGCGGAGGCAGGGGCAGUGGGAGCGGCGGCGGCGGCGGCGGCGGGCGGGGAGCAAGAGGCCCAGGCGACGGCCGCGGCUGGGGAAGGAGACAAUGGGCCGGGCCUGCAGGGCCUAUCUCGGGAGCCACCGCCGGCUGACAACUUCUACGACGAAGACGACGACGACGAGGGCGAGGAGGAGGAAGAGGCGGCGGCGGCGAUUGGGUACCGAGAUAACCUUCUGUUCGGUGAUGAAAUUAUCACUAAUGGUUUUCAUUCCUGUGAAAGUGAUGAGGAGGAUAGAGCCUCACAUGCAAGCUCUAGUGACUGGACUCCAAGGCCACGGAUAGGUCCAUAUACUUUUGUUCAGCAACAUCUUAUGAUUGGCACAGAUCCUCGAACAAUUCUUAAAGAUUUAUUGCCGGAAACAAUUCCUCCACCUGAAUUGGAUGAUAUGACACUAUGGCAGAUUGUUAUUAACAUCCUUUCAGAACCACCAAAAAGGAAAAAAAGAAAAGAUAUUAAUACAAUUGAAGAUGCUGUGAAAUUACUGCAAGAGUGCAAAAAAAUUAUAGUUCUAACUGGAGCUGGGGUGUCUGUUUCAUGUGGAAUACCUGACUUCAGGUCAAGGGAUGGUAUUUAUGCUCGCCUUGCUGUAGACUUCCCAGAUCUUCCAGAUCCUCAAGCGAUGUUUGAUAUUGAAUAUUUCAGGAAAGAUCCAAGACCAUUCUUCAAGUUUGCAAAGGAAAUAUAUCCUGGGCAAUUCCAGCCAUCUCUAUGUCACAAAUUCAUAGCCUUGUCAGAUAAGGAAGGAAAACUGCUUCGCAACUAUACCCAGAACAUAGACACGCUGGAACAGGUUGCAGGAAUCCAAAGGAUAAUUCAGUGUCAUGGUUCCUUUGCAGCAGCAUCUUGCCUGAUUUGUAAAUACAAAGUUGACUGUGAAGCUGUUCGAGGAGAUAUUUUUAAUCAGGUAGUUCCUCGAUGUCCUAGGUGCCCAGCUGAUGAACCACUUGCUAUCAUGAAACCAGAGAUUGUGUUUUUUGGUGAAAAUUUACCAGAACAGUUUCAUAGAGCCAUGAAGUAUGACAAAGAUGAAGCUGAUCUCCUGAUUGUUAUUGGGUCUUCCCUCAAAGUAAGACCAGUAGCACUAAUUCCAAGUUCCAUACCCCAUGAAGUGCCUCAGAUAUUAAUUAAUAGAGAACCUUUGCCUCAUCUGCAUUUUGAUGUAGAGCUUCUUGGAGACUGUGAUGUCAUAAUUAAUGAAUUGUGUCAUAGAUUAGGUGGUGAAUAUGCCAAACUUUGCUGUAAUCCUGUAAAGCUUUCAGAAAUUACUGAAAAACCUCCACGAACACAAAAAGAGUUGGCUUAUUUGUCAGAGUUGCCACCCACACCUCUUCAUAUUUCAGAAGACUCAAGUUCACCAGAAAGAACUUCACCACCAGAUUCUUCAGUGAUUGUCACACUUUUAGACCAAGCAACUAAGAGUAAUGUUGAUGAUUUAGACGUGUCUGAAUCAAAAGGUUGUAUGGAAGAAAAACCACAAGAAGUACAGACUUCCAGGAAUGUUGAAAGUAUUUCUGAACAGGUGGAAAAUCCGGAUUUGAAGAAUGUUGGUUCCAGUACUGGGGAGAAAAAUGAAAGAACUUCAGUGGCUGGAACAGUGAGAAAGUGCUGGCCUAGUAGAGUGGCAAAGGAGCAGAUUAGUAAGCGGCUUGAUGGUAAUCAGUAUCUUUUUUUGCCACCAAAUCGUUACAUUUUCCAUGGCGCUGAGGUAUAUUCAGACUCUGAAGAUGACGUCUUAUCCUCUAGUUCUUGUGGCAGUAACAGUGAUAGUGGGACAUGCCAGAGUCCAAGUUUAGAAGAACCCAUGGAGGAUGAAAGUGAAAUUGAAGAAUUCUACAAUGGCUUAGAAGAUGAGCCUGAUGUUCCAGAGAGAGCUGGAGAAGCUGGAUUUGGGACUGAUGGAGAUGAUCAAGAGGCAAUUAAUGAAGCUGUAUCUAUGAAACAGGAAGUAACAGACAUGAACUAUCCAUCAAACAAAUCAUAGUGUAAUAAUUGUGCAGGUACAGGAAUUGUUCCACCGGCAUUAGGAACUUUAGCAUGUCAAAAUGAAUGUUUACUUGUGAACUCAAUAGAACAAGGAAACCAGAAGGUGUAAUAUUUAUAGAUUGAUAAAAUAGAUUGUUUUUCAUGGAUAAUUUUUAACUUCAUUAUUUCUGUACUUGUACAAACUCAACACUAACUUUUUUUUUUUUUUAAAGAAAGGUACUAAGUAUCUUUAAUCAGCUAUUGGUCAAGAUUAACUUUCUUUUAAAGGUUCAUUUGUAUGAUAAAUUCAUAUGUAUAUGUAAUUUUUUUGUUUUUGCCUAGUGAGUUUCAACAUUUUUAAAGUUUUCAAAAAGCCAUCAGAAUGUUAAAUUAAUGUAAAGGGAACAGCUUAUCUAGACCAAAGAAUGGUAUUUCCACUUUUCUUUGUAACAUUGAAUGGUUUGAAGUACUCAAAAUCUGUUACGCUAAACUUUUGAUUCUUUAACACAAUUAUUUAUUUUUAAACACUGGCAUUUUCCAAAACUUGUGGCAGCUAACUUUUUAAAAUCUCAAGUGACAUGCAAUGUGAGUAGAAGGAAGUCAGCAAUAUGUAGGCAAGCACUCGGUUGUCUUUACUUUUAAAAGUAAUACUUGGUGCUAAGAAUUUCAGGAUUAUUGUAUUUAUUGUUCAAAUGAAGAUGGCUUUUGUACUUCCUGUGGUCAUGUAGUAAUGUCUAUAUUGGCUCAUAGAACUAACCUGAAAAACAAAUAAUGCUUUGGAAAUGUUUCAGUUGCUUUAGAAACAAUAGUGCCUGCCUGGAUCCCCUUAGUUUUGAAAUAUUUGCCAUUGUUGUUUAAAUACCUAUCACUGUGGUAGAGCUUGCAUUGAUCUUUUCCACAAGUAUUAAACUGCCAAAAUGUGAAUAUGCAAAGCCUUUCUGAAUCUAUAAUAAUGGUACUUCUAGUGGGGAGAGUGUAAUAUUUUGGACUGCUGUUUUCCAUUAAUGAGGAGAGCAACAGGCCCCUGAUUACAGUUCCAAAGUAAUAAGAUGUUAAUUAUAACUCAGCCAGAAAGUACAUGUCUCCCGUUGGGAGGAUUUGGUGUUUAAUACCAAACUGCUAGCCUAGUAUUAUGGAGAUGAACAUGAUGUAAUAGCAGAAUAGUUAAUGAAUGAAACUAGUUCUUAUAAUUUAUCUUUAUUUAAAAGCUUAGCCUGCCUUAAAACUAGAGAUCAACUUUCUCAGCUGCAAAAGCUUCUAGUAAGUUCAUACUUUAUGAAAUUGCACAGUAACCAUUUAUUUUUCAGACCAUUUUUGAACAUUAUUCCUAAAUAAAGUAUUCCUAUGUUGCUUUAGUAUUUAUUACAAUAAAAAGGCUUUGAAAUAUAGCUGUUCUUUAUGCAUAAAAUACCCAGCUAAGACCAUUAUUGCCAGAGGGAAAAAAAAUCGUAUUGAAUGGCCGUUUCCCUACCUAAAAGAUGUCUCAAUCUGAAUUUAUUUGGCUACACUAAAGAAUGCAGUAUAUUUAGUUUUCCAUUUGCAUGGUGUGUUUGUGCUAUAGAUAAUAUUUUAAAUUGAAAAGUUUGUUUUAAAUUAUUUUUACAGUGAAGACUGUUUUCAGCUCUUUUUAUAUUGUACAUAGUCUUUUAUGUAAUCUCCUGGCAUAUGUUUUGUAGACUGUUUAAUGACUGGAUAUCUUCCUUCAACUUUUGAAAUACAAAACCAGUGUUUUUUACUUGUACACUGUUUUAAAGUCUAUUAAAAUUGUCAUUUGACUUUUUUCUGUUAACUUA